AAGUUGACUUAUCUCACAGAAAUCAGCCGUUUAUACGAGAUUUUAAACAACAGAUUAUCUUUGAUUAUGAAGAAGAGAUUAUGAUCAUGGUAGAUAUAUUAAAUCGGGGAUAUUAGAUUCUGGCACUUGAUUGACUCGUUUCUUCCACCGUACAGAUGACUUUUGAAUUAAUAUCUGGACGCGUGGAGCUAUCUUUGACAGUAUGUGGUCGUGAUUCUUAAUAAAAAUCAUCGAGUGUGUUUAAAUAUUUUCACAAUCAGAUCAAUAUCUAGAUUAUUUCACUUAUAGAAACUCUUUUCACAGAUGUACAUUUUUAAAUUGAACAAGUUACAUUUUAUUGAAUUUAAUUACGUUUUCAUUGAUCAGAAAUUUGCUGUUGUGUGUAGAUGGUUUUUCAAACUUUGGUUUAUAGUUAAUAAGUUUUUAAUGAUUGGAUUUUAAGUAUUCAUGAAGAAGGAAAGUGAUUUUCGUUGAUAUUUUAGAUGAACUCUUGUACAGUGUUCAGUGUGAAAGUGUUCAGAUCACAAGAUUCUAGAUUGGUGAUAUACGUAUUGAUUUCAUGGUCCCAGGGGGACCCAGAUCAUUUCCGUGUUUAAACGUAUUGUCAGAAUAGAAAUUUGAACCAUGAAGUAUUUCAAUAAAACCUUGUUAUAUUGAUGCACCUUGUUUCAAAGGAAUAUUUUACCAGUGUGUGUUUGAAAAGUAAACAUUACAGUUAGACAAGUUUAAAGGAAUUGGAAAGUAUUGAUGCACUAUUUUUACCUGCAUGUUUAUGCCAAUUAGAUAUGAAAAGAAGGGAAUAUUCAGACAAAAUAAAGGCAAUUGAAUUAAUGGGUUUUGAUGAAAUGUCAGAUAGUAAAGAAAUGCCGGAGUUGACUUUACCACGAAGAUAUUCUCAUGGAAGUAGUAUGGUACAUAUUCCCAGCAGCAGUCAGAUUCUUGAAAGGUUGUAUAAUGAUCAAGGUGUUAGAGUUAGAAUGGUACGUAGAGGACGUCCCAACAGAAUUCCAACAGUAAAAGAACUUAUAGACCACAUCUCAAAGAAACAUGAACGUUUACUGGAGUUGGAAAUGAAAGGAAAUAAGGUAGAGAAACCUGUAGAUCUUAAUUUAUCUGGUAGAAAAGAUGUUGGUAUGAGAGUUGACAGUUUAAGAAGUAUGUCUGAAGCUGUACAUACAGACAUUGAUGACUUUGUCAGAAGAGAUCGUUAUAGCUGUUUAUCUGAAAGACCAACUCGAUUUGAAAUUUGGGAGCCGGAAACGAGAGGUUCAUUAGAAAUAACAGGACGUCAAGGAAAACCACAGCGUUCAUCAAGUACACCCACAGUUCCUUACUCAACAGCAGAUAUUCUGUAUGGGAAUGAAGUAAAUGGAAGUCGUGGACAACAGAAUGAAGAUGUACGGCAGAACAGUUUUGGAGAUCUUGAGAAGAGUAGAGAAUUGGCAAGGUCAAGAGCGAAGGAACUUGAACAAAAUCCAAACAAUAGAAGACCUAGUAGUAAAUCAGGCAAACAAAGGUCAAUCACUAUAGACUCAGUGACACCUUUCGACAAAGAUCGGGAAGAUCCUUUAAGAAGUCUUUCAUCAGCUCUACCUCCGGCUAAACCGUCACAUCAUUUCCGACCUAAUGGCAUUAGAACCAACAUAUUAAAACCAGAUCAGCUUUUCUCAAAUAAAACCAAUGGUGCUUCAUCAGGUCGUGAUCAGGAUGACUUGGUUGCCAUGGGAACUCUAUGGAGCCCAAACAACAACAACCCAGGACAACCACCACCAGUAGGAUCAGCUUCAGCUAUGUCCUCACAACAACAACAAAGUAGCAACAGAAAUAAUGGUGUAUCAAACAGUAACACAAACUCUUUUCCAUCAAAAGUUGCCUCAUCUUCAAGUAGUGUCAAUCAUUCAAUGUCAUCAUCUAAUAAUACACUGAACUCUCAACGCAAGUACCCUGGCAAUAGUAUACGACCGAUACAGGUCCAGAAUAAUGUCUCAGGGAGAAAAAAUAGUAACAGUACAAAAGAACAGGAAGAUCCAAAAUAUACUGACCCUAUGAUUGGUGCUCCAGCCUCAUUUCAGCAACGUUUAAUAGAACUAGGUGCUUUAGAGGGCGACACUGUACGCUGGGAAAGAUCAAAACGGUUAAAGAAAAAGAAAGCUGAUAGGGAUUCUUGAACAAACAUUGACUUAGAUACUGCUGUGAUAAUUUAUUAUAAAUUCUUGUGCUAGCCAGUCCCCGACUAUUCUGCAUUUUAUCAUAAUCUUUUGAUAAUAUAGACAGAAAUGGGUUACGGCACUAAAGUCUGUAUGUAUUAACUAUGGAACAGGUUCAUUGACAUAUUACAGAUUAAUGUGAUAUAUUGAGGAGGAUGGAUGAAUAACUGCCAAUAUUGGAUAGGAUCAGUAGUGUCUGCUGAUAAAAGACACAAAGAAAAAACUUGCCACUAGAGGGCGCACUUGCUGUGAUUUAAGUUAGGGCUCAUUACGGCCAAAUAUAGGCAAUUUAUCAAUAUCUAUUAAGUAGUUAAAAUUUAAGCUGUUAUUUAAUUGAAAUAUUUUAUUACAUGAAUAUUAAUUUAUAAUUGAAGACAUUUAUUCUUCAAACAAGUUUUUUUAGAGACUUGUAGUAAAAUAAAACAAUUCAAGCAUUAAAAACUCAGACAAAACUGAGUUUGUGAAAGAAAAUAGAGUGAAGUUUUAUCAGCUAUAUUAGCUAAUAUUACCAUAUAUAGAGUCAGUAACUACUUAUUAUUACUUGUAAGUGAAAAUAUUAUUGGUAAGUUGGAAAUAAUGUUCAGUGCAAAUAUUUACAUUUUACCUAACACAUUUCAUUUAAAAAGUUUCAUGUAUGUUUGAUCAAUUCAUAAAAAUGAAUACUGAAUAAUUCUUUAAAAGUGAAAGGUAACACUUCUUUUCAUAAUGAAUGUAUAGUGUUGAAAAGUAUUGUAUUGCAGUGUACAAUAUUAAAUAUGCAGUGAGCCAAUAAUUUAUAAUUUCACCCAUUUUUUUUGUCUUAAAUAAAAAUAUGUAGUGUACCUCAGAAAUUAUUCAUUUCACAAAUACUACAUGGUAAAUUUGUAUGGAUAACUAUUUCUAAUUUUUCUAAGAUUUUUGAUGAAUUAAAAUCAUAAAAUUAUAGUAUAGAAUAUCUACACAUGUACAAACAUGUUUUCUUUUGAUGUAAAAAUUUCGAACUUUGAACAUAUUUGUACUAAGCAUUUACUAUUUUCACAUUGCAUAUAUUCACUUUAACACACAAACAAGUUCACUGAUGUUUUCUUUGUUUAAAGCAUAAGGCAUCAGAAAGGAACUCUAAGCCCCUUUAUAUAUGAAUAAUUCAACUCUGAAUCCCUUAAUGCUUUAAUUCAAAGUCUUAAAUUUCGUGGUAUUGAAAUUGUUAUAACAAAACAUUUCACUGAAAAGAAAAUAUUGGUAAAUUUUCAUUUUUCUUUGUAUAUUUAUUGCUAUGUAAAUCAAUUUAUUUGUAGAUUUGAGCCAGUAUUUUUCACAGUUAUAAAAGCAAUCUGUGAUAUAAUUUGCUCAGUACAAGUGUAUGUUUACCAGUGUUUCAACGAAACACAUUUUAGUCCAUUGUUUUGCAUUUUAAGUGUUGUUUAUGUCCUGUAUAGCAUGUGAGAUCAACUGUCUAGUAUGUUAUACAAAUGUAUUAACAAAUCUUCUAAAGGUUUUACUUCCUUUCAAUUUGUAACCUUUGAAUUUGUAAAAUUCAACUUUGGUAUAUUUAUGAUUAUUAUAAUGGGCAUGACUAUAAUAGUUUUGGAUUUUGAACCAUUUAUUGUAAGAGAACAGAUCUCGACAUAAAUUUGCAGCCUUAUAUAACAUCUGGUUAGAAUGCAAAAAUAUGAGCAGCUAAUAUCUUUGUCGCUUACCAUCUUGCAAUAAAAUUUAAAACUUUUUUUUAUUAAAUAACAAAUCUCACUUAGAAAUGAAUCUUAAUUAAAAACGAAAGUGCUUCAACGGUUUCGAUUUAUUUCUUUACAUUUCAAUUCACAUUGUUCUUGAAGUAAGGCUUUUGUAAACAUUGCGGCAAUAUAGGGGGGUUUUUAUUGACAGUUUUUUCAUCAAGUAAAAAUACAUUUUACAUCUUGUGGUAAGAAACUGUAAAACUUGAGUGAUUUAUGUGUACUGAAAUACUCGCCCAAAGUUUAAUUCUCUAGUUAUUCAAGUUAUAUUGAAUAUCACCUAUUGAAGAAAUGUGUUUGACUUUCAAUUUUAUUCCAAUAAGAAUUUCAUGAAUAAAAAGUUGUUUAAAUUACAAUGUAUACCCACAAACAUUGUAUUUCAAAUAAUACAUACACAGUUUAAAUUGAUUAUAAAAUUUCAGUCACCUAGAAAUAAGAGCUCUUUUUCUGCAAAGGUAUUGAUUUAUUGAUUUCUGAUCAAUGAAAGCCACCAAAACUAUUGAAGGAAUACCAGCGUCUUGAAUUACAGGCCUUGCAAUGAGACUAAAUUUUUUUUAAUCUACAUGUUUCUUACCAGUGAGUUUGUGUACUCUCUUUAGAAAAAAUCCAUGAAUGUACUGUUGGAAAAUGUACAUAAAUGUCUUACUUCAUAUAUCCUACAUUUUCUGUAAAACUGUUAUAUUAUUUAUUAUAGCAUAAAAUCGGCUAUUUUUCCCUCUUUUGCCCAUGUUAUAACGGGACCAAAACCAUGUGUUAACAUAGUCACGCGCUCUUGUUAUAGCCCGGUUUCACCUAUGCGCAAUACAUACAGGGCCCAGUAAACAAACAAACAAAAAAUGACGAUUUGGCCUGUUUGCCAAAGAGUCAUGCGCUCUUGUUAUAUUGAAAUUAAUUGAUUCGAGGGCCUCAGUAGCAUAUUCAAGUAACUAUGCCGGAAAAACGGCGUAUAGACUUCUUUGCUAAUCUUGGUUGUGGCCCUUUCUAAGAAACGGACAGUUGUCAAUGUAAACAAAUACCGUAGAAUCUACCUGUCAUUCAGUUUAACACUCCGAUUAACUUACAAAACUAGAUAACACCAAAUUAAUAUGAGAAAAUGUUUUUUUAUUUAUGUUAAUGUUGAUAAAUGCUCUUUAUAUUUCUUUGAGAGAAUAAUGCUUAGUGCCUGAUUUUUAUAAACUUGUUUGCUUGAAAAAAAAAACCGAUUCUGAUGUCACUGAUCUUUUUUCUAGCGUCAAUCUGAAAUCAUUCUAAGAUUCUGAGGGUCAUGUUUUGUCUUGGGUAGAGGGUAGAGUAAUGUAACGUUUAUUUUUUCUUGAGAUAAUAAAUCUCCAAUGGCCAAGCUUUGUUAAAUCAAUUAAAAUUCAAAAUUUCGUUCGGUUCCGAGAAUUUUCCAAGUUGUUGGCCCCGGAAAAAUGAAACGCAUGCGUAAAACAUAGAAUUGGAUAAAUACCGUCCAAGCACAAGAAUUUAAUGUAAUUGUGUUUUGUAUAAACUAUACAUCACGAAUCUGUUUGAAAAUUUUAUGCUAUAAUAGCAUCAACGCACGUUUAUUUCGUGUUAUAAAGUCUGCAGAGUCCCUCGGAACUGUUGGAGCCCUCGCCCUACCGGGCUCGGGCACCAACUGUUCCUCAGGACUCUGCAGACGUUAUAACACGGAAAAACGUGCGUUAACCCUAUAGUAUAAUUGUAUAACUAAAGUGAUUCAUUCGUCUUCAAGUUAUAAAUUAUAGCAAGUUAUUACUGCUUACCAUAUGGGGUAAAGAAUAAUCAACUUUCAGUUACAAGGGAGGCAAUAGAAAUCUUGUAAACUUGCAGUUUAUAAACAGCUCAGUAGAUAAAAGCAAUGACAAGUUGACCCAAGUUUAUUUUACCUAUAUAUUGUCAGACUUGACAUUUAUUAAGUGAUAUAAAAAAAUAUUGUGACAUGAUGUACUUAGGGGGUGGGGGGGGUUACAGCAAUACUUAUAUUACUUAAAUUUUAAAGAACUGCAUAGAUACACAAUAAUUCAUUUGAAAACUAUAAGAAAUACAAUUGAAGAAUUAAGGUGGUAGCUAAAAUUAAUGACAUAUUUUAACCCCAACUUUUUGUUCAUCUCUGAAAAUUCUUUCUUUUUUUUAUCACUUUUUCAUUUUUUACAACUGAAAUAAAAAAACAACCUCAAUUUUAGGUCUUCUUGUUCAUUACAUGGUUAAGUCCACCCCAUACGUUUCAUAGGCAAAGGGUCAUGUACAUGUAGUACCUAAGGUCUGUGGGUUCAAGUCCUUCACGAGGCACAUGGUUUGAUUAUUUGGCUGACAACAAUGUGUUGUACCAUCUUUUUCUUCUAAUUUAUAAUUAUGGAACUCAACUAGCAGUAACUUACAAAUACAAGUUCCAGAUUUAGUAACACCAGCUAUCAGAUGUAUUUCUAAACCAAAAUAUGUAGUAUUACUGUAACUGCAAUUUCUGUUCUGAUAAUAUAUAAAUAUCUAGUAAUGGAGGACUGUAUUUUACUUUUAUAUGUGCUGCAAAUACUCUAUCAAUUUAUACUUGUUGUUUCAUAAUACCAGGAAUUGACAUGUAAAGUUGUUAGUAUGAAAUGUAUGAAUUGUCAUACAAAGUAUGGUAUUAAACUAUUCUCUUGUUUACAUUUUCAUCUUAGAAUUAUCUUUACUAUGUUAUUGCUUAUAUGAUUAAAUAAAUAUUAUAGAAUUUA